GUAAGAAUGUGGAAGUCAUCAAGGUUUUUGAACUCGUGGAGUUAUCGAUAGAUUUACCGGAAAGAAAUAGAGAAUAUACUAAUUUACUAAAGUAGAAAAUUAAAUAUACUAUACUAAAAAUCUUACAAAAUCCUAAAAGGUUGAAACUAAACAAAAUAAAAUAUUAUAGUAUAUCUUUUAGGUCGAAGCUAUCAAAAAGCCGUAAUUGUGGGGGUGGCUGGCGUAACAUUUUGAGUAGAGUUACCUUCAAUAAAAUUCACAUCCAUGUAUAACAAAAUUUGGCAACUUGGAUCAGGUGAAUUUUUAGACGUGCAAUCUUCAGAUCUUCUCGGAUGGCAUAGUUUGACCGAUCAAUAUUAUUUCAUACGUAUAUUAGCACUAUGAAAUCCUAGCUAAAAAUGUUAUAAUUACUGAACUUUGUGGCUGUGUAAUGAGUAUAAAAUCUAUUUUUUUUUUCAGAAUUUCAUUCAUUAUUAUUGUUUUAACUUUCUAGGUUAUCAUAAUCUGAGACAUCCUUUUGACUAUGACCACAACUCAUAAAUCUUCGAUAAACUUCAACCUCUGCGACUUUAAAUAUUUGAAGUUUGUCAUUUUCUUUUGUAACCAACUUUUUGUGAUCAUCCAAAAUAUCAAAUUGACUGAAUAUAUAUCAUAUCAUUAAGUGUAUUAGUAAUCAUUUAUAGCUAGUUUAAUCGUUAUUACAUACACAGUAUAGAUCUCUUUUCCGGCAAGUACUGUUCUGUCUUUUACCAAACUAAAAUCUCAGACUAUUACCACUUGGCAAAUUCUCCCUUUUGUUUAAGUCUCUAGUUUUUUUUUUUUUUUGUUGUUGUUGUUUAUGUUAAAACCUUUAGUUAAAUUUAUAUCUUUUAGCUAUCUGAGGCCCACUACUCAAAUUGUUUAUGCUUAUUUUAGCGGCAAAUUAUUUAGGGACCCAAUUAUUUAUGCUUAUGUAUAGGUUCAAGAAAGAAAGAAAACUAAUGGAAAAGUCCUUAUUGUGAUUGAAAAAAAAAAAGUAAAGAAAGGAGGAACCAGGGAAUAGAAGAAUCAAAAGUGUGAGAGAAAAACCAUCAUUACUAACAUCACUCACUAGAAGUAGCCCACAUUACAUUAUACAUUGCCCACAAAAACCUAAAUCCCAAACAAAUCAUUACUUCUCUCUCUCUCCCUUGAUUUCUCCAGAACUCUUCCCUCCUUUUUCAACUCCAUAAACUCAAGUUUUAAACACAUAGCUUCUCUUUCUCUCCCUCACGCCCUUACUAAUAUCGUUGAAAGAUUCGUUGACAAAAGACGGGGACGAUUCAGAGCUUUUAGAGAGAAGAAGAGUUUGGGUUUAGCUUCUUGGAAUGGGAAAAGGCUUCAGACUAGUAACCAGUCUUCUUCUUCUCUCCUUCCUCUUCAGCUCAGGUACAAAAGCUAGUAUUGAACCAAUAGAAGAAGAAAAAGACAUAACCACACCAUUAGCCACAAACCCAACCACCACACCAACAACCGUGGUCCCUAACUCCGACUCUGACGCUUCCGCGGUGGCCACAACGCCACUAACGAUUCCAUCGCCACCACACGGUGUAGCCUAUCCAGGUGAUCAGAGCUGGUGCGUUGCUAGAGAGAACGUUGCAAAAAUGGCGUUACAAGCGGCUUUGGACUAUGCAUGUGGGAUCGGUGGAGCAGACUGCUCGGAGAUACAAGAAGGAGGAAAUUGUUAUAACCCCAACUCGUUGAGAGCACAUGCCUCUUUUGCCUUCAACAGUUAUUACCAGAAGAAUCCAAUCCCUAGUAGUUGCAAUUUUGAUGGAACUGCUGUCACUAUCAGUGCUGAUCCGAGUUUAGGAUCAUGCCACUUUCCGUCUACAAGCACGAGUGAAUCGAUAUUGAACGUAACAAGUGAAGAUGGAUUAGGUCUUUUCGGGAGAAUACCGUCACAUCCAACUCCCAAGCCCGAAGCUUCAACCUCCUCCACCACAACUUUCUCAUUUCUCUACUUCUAUUCUCGUCUUCUUUGCUUUUGUUUUUAUAUCCACUUAAUUAGUAUGACCUUAAUUUAGUUAUGUAAUAUCUAAUCUGAAAGCCGGAUUUUUUUAGUCUAAUUAAAGAAGAUAGUUAUUUUCAGUUCUGAUCCUAAUCGUUGAUAUUAUAUAGUAACCGUUGAUAU